AUUAUUAUUUUCGAUACUCGAUUAUUUAAUGCUGGAAUCUGGAUUUCGUGAGAGUCGAGAGAUCAAGUCUUCACUCUUCAAGGCACUCGGUGGAUUUAUUAUCCGACAAAAACAGUUUAUUAUUUAAUAGAUUUUCUAGACUAUAAAUCAAUGUGCUUUAAUGAUUUAUGAACAUAUCGCGGUUUAAUAUAUAAUAUAUUACAUUACUUUGAUCGCACAAUUUAAUACAAUUUAAAUUAUGUCAUCUUUAAAUACAUCUGACGUUAAUGCAGAACAAAUGGAUUCUAAUAAAGACAAACCCAAAACACCUAAAUCAAAAGACAUGCAUUUACCAUUAUCUAGAGUACGAACUAUUAUGAAAAGCACCCCUGACAUUGAAAAUAUUGGAUUACCGUCAUUACAUGUGGUUACCAAAGCGACUGAGUUGUUUAUUCAAAAAUUGGCUUUAGAUGCUCUUAAAGUUCAGAGAUCUCAACGAAAUUUAGAAUACAAUGAUCUUGCAAGGGCAGUUGAAGACAAUGAAAAUAUGUACUUCUUACGGGAAGUAUUACCAAAGAAAAUUACCAUGGCUGAAUAUUACAAGUUAAUUAAAGAGUCAUCAGAGGAUGGCGAUGACAACGACAAUAGUUCACAAACAUCUCAUUCAUCUUCUUCAUCAUCGUCAUCAGAAAAUUAAAUAAUUUUAAAUUAGUUUAUUUGUAUUAUCCGUAUGAGCUUCAUUGUUGCAUUAAUUAUGUAUGUAUUUUUUAUUUAUUUCUUUUUUAUCCAUUCUAUGUAUACAAUUUUGUACAAAUAUACAACACGCUAAUCUUA